AUGUCGUUAAGACUGUUAUACAGUAUAAGUGGAUUAAGAAUAUCCAAUAGGACUUUCUGUAGAACCGCAUUUAGAUUACAGGAACAAGCUAAUCAAGCACACGAGUCAACAGAUGUUGAAAUCAAUGGAAGGCCAUUGAUUCCUGCUAACUUGAAAAAUGCUAGAGGUGAGAGACUUAUGAUUCCUUCUAAAUUACAAGAAAAUUCUUUGAGGAAUUAUGAAUUAGAAAGAUUAAGAAUCAUUCCAAAGUUGAAUACUUUCUAUGGAGGUAACCCAGUUCAUGAAGAAAAUUUAAAUACCUUGAAUGGACUUAUAAGAAAAUAUAUCAACCUUCCAACCAGAAUUGUUGAUGACAAGGAAAUACAAAAUACUAAGUUUGUUUCAUUUGAAGAAUAUAAAUCAAGAAUUCAAUCUGGUACCAGACUCAAGCCUAUCCACCACAAAGAAUUAACCCAGUUAUUACAUAGAUUAAGAAGUAUCGAUCAGGAAUUAAUGCCAAGGGAGGUUUCUGAUGUUUUGACAAAAUUCACAAACACCUCUAGUGAAUCAGCUAAAGCUUUACAAAAAGUGAAAACUUUAGAUGAGUUUGGAAGAGCAAUAAGUCUUGGCAAGAGAAAGAGAUCAGUCGCUAAGGUAUACUUAACCAAAGGUGAUGGUCAAGUUAUGAUCAAUGGUAAAUCUCUAUUCGAAUACUUUCCAAAAGAGGCUGACCGUCGUAGAAUUGCAUAUCCAUUCCAAGUUGUCUCGCAAGAAGGACAAUAUAACGUCUUUGCCGAAGUUCACAGUGGUGGAUCUACAGGUCAAGCUGAAGCAAUUAUGUACGGUAUUGCCAAAGAUUUGGUGAUUUUUAACCCAUUAUUGAAAUCAAGAUUACAUAAGUCUGGAUUAAUGACUAGAGAUGCAAGAAAAGUCGAAAGAAAGAAGCCAGGUAAGGUUAAAGCAAGAAAGUCACCAACCUGGGUUAAGCGUUAG